AUGAGAGGCUUCAUCGGUGCCGUGGCCGGCCUUGCUGCUGUCGCCAGCGCCACUCCUUCUCUUUCCAUUGAGACCAUCCACGACGGCGCCGCUCCCGUCAUUUCUUCCACCAAUGCCGAGGCUGUCCCGAACUCGUACAUUAUCAAGUUCAAGAAGCACGUCUCGGACACUGAUGCUGAAGACCACCACAAUUGGGUCCAGCAGAUUCACUCUUCAUCCCAGGACGAGCGUCUUGAGCUGCGCAAGCGUGGCCAGGAGCCCCUGGUUGACAAUGUCUUCCACGGCCUGAAGCACACCUACAAGAUCGGCAACGACUUCUUGGGUUACGCCGGUCACUUCGACGAGGCCACCAUCGAGAAGAUUCGGAGGCACUCUGACGUUGAAUUCAUCGAGGUCGACUCCGUUGUCCACACGCAGGUUCCCGUCAAGUCUCAGGGUGCUGAGGCUGAAGACACCUGCGACGGCGAGCUUGAGAAGCUUGCCCCCUGGGGUCUAGCUCGUGUGUCCCACCGCAAGUCCCUGGGCUUCGGUACCUACGACAAGUACCUCUAUGCCGAAGAUGCUGGUGAAGGUGUCGACGCCUACGUGAUCGACACCGGCACCAACGUUGACCACGUCGACUUCGAGGGUCGUGCCAAGUGGGGCAAGACCAUUCCUUCUGGUGACCAGGACGUCGAUGGCAACGGUCACGGCACUCACUGCUCGGGUACCAUCGCUGGUAAGAAGUACGGUGUCGCCAAGAAGGCCAACGUCUACGCUGUCAAGGUUCUCCGCUCCAACGGCUCCGGUACCAUGAGCGACGUUGUCAAGGGCGUUGAGUGGGCUGCUACUUCUCACAUCGAGCAAGUUAAGGCUGCCAAGGACGGCAAGCGCAAGGGUUUCAAGGGCUCCGUCGCCAACAUGUCACUUGGUGGUGGCAAGACCCAGGCUCUCGAUGCCGUUGUGAACGCUGCUGUCGACGCCGGUAUUCACUUUGCCGUUGCUGCCGGUAACGACAAUGCUGAUGCUUGCAACUACUCCCCCGCUGCCGCCGAGAAGGCCGUCACCGUCGGUGCUACUGAGCUCGGCGACCGCCGCUCUUACUUCUCCAACUACGGAAAGUGCACCGACAUCUUCGCCCCUGGCACCAACAUUAAGUCCACCUGGAUCGGCAGCAAGUACGCCGUCAACACUAUCUCCGGCACUUCCAUGGCCUCCCCGCACAUCUGCGGCCUCUUGGCCUACUACCUUUCUCUCCAGCCCUCCACUGACUCCGAGUACUCGGUUGCUCCUAUCACCCCCCAGAAGCUCAAGAAGGCUCUCAUCUCGGUCGGCACUGUUGGCGCCCUGGCCGACAUCCCCAGAGACACCCCCAACGUCCUCGCCUGGAACGGCGGUGGCUGCAGCAACUACUCUGCCAUCAUUGAGGCUGGCAGCUACACUGUCAAGCAGGAGACCAAGGAGGCCACCAUUGAUGACCUCGAGAAGGCCAUCGAGGAGGACUUUGAGGUUCUUUCCGGCAAGGUUGUCAAGGGCGCCAAGAAUAUUGGCACUAAGGCUGAGAAGCUUGCCAAGAAGAUCCACAACCUCGUCGAUGAGGAGCUGAAGGAGUUCCUCAGGGAGACCUCCUUGUAA